AACGGUAGUUUGAAAUCCUCCGUUUCCUCUUUUCCUUCCUCUCUGCCUUUUUCCUUCGUCUUCUUCCCAGCCACAACUCUUCUUCCCUGCUUCGUUGCUUGCGACACAAUCUUGAUUCUUCUAUUUCGCUUUUCAAUUCCCCAUCAUCUACGACUUUAUUGUGUCAAUUUCAAUUCGCUUUUCAAUCUCCCAUCAUCUUCGAUUUUACUGUUCGUAAUUUGGAGUUCUCAUUCGCCACAGCCAUUGCAGUAGUUGUAUCCUUUACUUUGAUGGCAGACCAGAUGUGGAUCAUGGUUCAUGUUGAUGGAAACUGGUCUCCUAAUAAUAUUUUUAUUUCUAAGUACACAAUUGGAGUCCCAAUUCCAAAUAACAGCUCAUUCCAAGAUUUAAUGUUGCAUCUGAAACGUGUAAUUUGCAAGGAACAUUUUCGUGUUUCAUACGUUGUUGGGUCCAUUCUUCCUCCUGUGAAUAUAGAUGAUGAGAGUAGCUUCCAAUUUUAUAUGCAAUUGAAGUGUAUUGAGUGUGAUUUUACGAAGCUUUCAUUGUGCAUCGAAUUUGACACAAACAAUACAAGUUCACAGGGUGUCAUAAUGUCACAGUUUAAUGAGUUUGGCACUAUUAUUGAUGCAUCUUCUUCCACUUUUCUUGUUCCUUCUGUUGGUACUUCCCAGAGUCUUCUUCUUACCCAAUUCACACAGCCUCUGUCCUUAUCAAGUGAAGAUGUCUGUAUUGCUGAAAGCACAGAUUCUGUGUCAGUGGAAUCCACACCUACUGUUGUUAUUUCUCAUUACCAUCCAACAACUAUUCGCAUGGAUUGCAUAUACAAGUCAAAGAUGGACCUUCAGCAUCAUUUGCAAAUGUUUUCCAUUGUUAAUAACUUCCAGUUCAGAACUCCAUAUUUGACUCUGCAAAUCGAACUAGCUCUGUAGCCAUCUUCAUCCUAUAUGCUGCCAUCUGAUCUGUACGGAUGUCCCUAAUGUCCAUAUCCAUCAUGAGGUACUCAGCAAUUUUAAGCACAAACAUACCACAAUUCCCAUUGCAAAAAUCAAGAAAUAUAUUAGGAGACCCUAU